GGUGACAUCUAACGCCGCCGCUGCAUGCUCAGGUCGCUGGCGAGAACAUGCCCAUCACCCUAAUUCAGCCCGUGUCCGGCAAGACGCUGCCACCAUCCCUACCGUCGGACAAAGCCCCUCAGGCACCUGCUCACGAAAGCGUCAACUUCUCGCUCCCCACGCUCAACAAGAAGGAGUAAGUGCGCAGGACGGGAGCUUCUCUAGCCCACAGUUCUGACCCUGAUAUACUUGACCCCGCAGGGAUAUCGCCGCCAACCAGCAAGGCUGGCUCGACCUCCUCAAGACGGCCGGCGACAAGAAGUACACCCUCGAGGUAGCCAUGCGCAGCCCCUCUACCAGCGGCGGCAAGGAUGCUGCUCUCGAGGAGGUUCGCGAUCAAGUCGAGGAGCUCCUGGGCAAGUCUCACGCAAGUGCUCAAGGCAAUGCAGAGGCGGCCAUUGCCGGCGGCGAGGACACAGGCUAUCGCAUCGUCUUUGAGACUUUGGCUUCUCCUCCGCUCCACCUCGCCUCUUCGCAGCUCAUCAAGAGUGAGGAGCUGUCAGACUGGGCUAGCUUCAUCAGCCGACUGGCAUUGCACCCUCGUACGUACGUCAAGCUUAGCCCGCUGCCCCUGGCCAACCUCGUCCCGGCCUCCCUCCUUGCCAAGGGGCGCAAUGCAGACUACUCCUCCGAGACUCUGCAGCGUGCUACGGACACGGCGACAGGUGUAGCUUCGGGCGUCGAGUCUGCCAUUUCAGGCGCCUUGGGUGGAGGGGAGAGCGAUGAAGAUCGAAGGAGCGAGCUCAGGAGGAGGUUGCGCGUCUUCUUUGACGUCUUGCUCGAGGCAUUCGGUAUAGAUCGUCUCGUCUGGGCCGUUACACUCGGCAGCGGUGGUGCAGGAGGAGAGGAGGCAGUCGUCAAGGAGUGGUACGAAGUUGUGCGUGAGGUCUUUGCAGGCAUGGGGCUUGACAAUGAUGCAUUGGAGGGCAUCUUCAGCCGCAACGCUUCCAAGGUGUACAGGACGUGAGAGGAGUCAGCGAGGGCACGACACGAGCAGGGCCAACCCCUCGCAGUGCACGCCAAGCUUCGUCGAGGAUGGGUGCUAGCUCUGAAGAAUACCGAUAUUAGUGUACGCAUGCCUUUGUCUGCUGUGUGAGCGUUAGAGUGGGUGAGAUUGACGCCGGGUAGAGAAGCCUCCACUACUCUUG